UGUAGUGUCUGAUUAGUGUCGGAACGGUGUUACAAUAUGUGACAUCAUGUGCGUUUCCACACGGACGUUCUUGUUAGCUGGACAGUGACGGCUCAUACGAAAAACAAAACCGACAGAGCUAGCAACAUCAAUAUAUGAAACCCUACUCAUCCUGGCUUCUUUAUAGAUUUGCACUCCGUUAAUCUUAUUUGACGGGUUAGAAAAGAUGGGAGUGCCUAAAUUUUACCGGUGGAUAUCCGAGCGCUAUCCGUGUCUGAGUGAAGUUGUUAAAGAGCAUCAGAUCCCAGAGUUUGACAACCUUUAUUUAGAUAUGAAUGGAAUCAUCCAUCAAUGUUCCCACCCCAAUGAUGAGGACGUACACUUCCGUAUUUCUGAGGAGAAGAUUUUCGCUGACAUUUUUCACUACCUGGAGGUGCUCUUCCGCAUUAUCAAGCCCAGGAAAGUGUUUUUCAUGGCGGUGGAUGGAGUUGCACCCAGGGCCAAGAUGAACCAGCAGCGUGGGAGGAGAUUCAGGUCAGCAAAAGAAGCUGAGGAGAAAAUCAAGAAGGCUUUGGAGAAAGGCGAAGUUUUACCCACAGAGGCUAGAUUUGACUCGAACUGCAUCACGCCUGGAACGGAUUUCAUGGCCAGACUACAAGAGCAGCUUAAAUAUUUUGUUCACUAUAAGCUGUCCACGGACAAAACAUGGCAAGGAGUAAAUGUGUAUUUGUCUGGUCAUGAGACCCCUGGUGAAGGAGAGCACAAGAUCAUGGAGUUCAUUCGCUUUGAGAGCACCAAGCCGGGUCAUAACCCAAACACAAGACACUGCCUUUACGGUUUGGAUGCUGACCUGAUGAUGCUUGGUUUGACAAGCCAUGAGCCUAAUUUUUCUCUCCUCAGAGAGGAGGUACGCUUCGGAGGGAAAAAAUCACAAAAGAGGAUAACAGCUCCUGAGGAGACGACCUUUCAUCUGCUCCACCUCUCUCUUAUGAGGGAAUACAUUGACUAUGAGUUUUCUGAGCUCAGGAAAAAGAUCUCAUUUGAGUAUGACCUGGAGCGGAUCAUAGAUGACUGGGUCCUAAUGGGUUUCCUGGUGGGGAACGACUUCAUCCCUCAUCUUCCUCACCUGCACAUCAACCAUGAUGCACUGCCUCUGCUCUACCGAACUUACAUCAGUGUGCUGCCCACUCUCGGGGGCUACCUGAAUGAAAACGGUCACCUCAACCUCGCCCACUUUGAGAAGUACCUGGAAAAGCUAUCUGAUUUUGACCGUGAACACUUCAGCGAGGUGUUUGUGGAUCUGAAGUGGUUUGAGAGUAAGGUGGGGAACAAAUACUUGAAUGAGGCAGCUGGGCUGGCGGCCGAGGAGGCUGAUGUCAAAGACAUGAAGAAGAGUAAGUCUUCAGAGGGCUCCCUCUGUCUAGCUGCACUUGGAGUCAAGGAUUCUAACAGCAGUCCAGGAAGAGGCACAGAGGAGGAUGGUGAGGAUGAUGACAUGUUUGAAACAGAGUUUCGACAGUAUAAGCGCACCUAUUACAUGACCAAGAUGGGUGUUGAAGUCGUUUCAGAUGAAUUCUUGGCCAAUCAGGCUAAAUGUUACGUGGAAGGGAUCCAGUGGAUCUUACACUACUACUACCAUGGAGUUCAGUCCUGGAGCUGGUAUUAUCCGUACCACUAUGCUCCAUUCCUCUCUGAUGUGAGAAACAUCUCUAGUCUCACUUUGACCUUUGACCUGGCCAAACCCUUCAUGCCAUUCGACCAGCUCUUGGGUGUCCUGCCUGCAGCCAGCAAAGAUCUGCUUCCACAGUGUUACCAGCACCUUAUGACGUCACUGAGCUCGCCCAUUGUCGAGUAUUACCCACAAGACUUCAAAACAGACCUGAACGGCAAACAGCAGGAGUGGGAAGCCGUGGUGCUCAUCCCGUUUAUCGAUGAGAAUCGAUUGUUAGCUGCGAUGGAGCCAUACACGCAUAAAAUGACCCCGUCGGAGAAGGCCAGGAACAGGCAUACUGAGUGUUCUGUCUACUGCUUUGAUAAAGAGCAGGACUAUGCCUACAACUCCCCCUUACCCCAAAUCCUCCCCAGCAUCGUCCACUGCCAUGCCAGGCAAACGGCAAUCCCGAUUGAUGCAUGGCGUGUGCCACUGGACCAUGUAGGGCGCAGGAUUGACAGAGGAGCGCUUUACUUCUGCGGCUUCCCCACCUUACAGCACAUUCAGCAUAAAUUUUAUAAGAAGAAAAGUGGAGUGAUGGUGUUUCAACAAAGCAGCAGAGGAGAGAACAUGAUACUGGAGGUUUUAGACAGCCAGGAGUUGGAGCAGGUAGAUGACGUUGCAGCACUGGUUCUUGGAAAGUGUGUUUUUGUGAACUGGCCCCAUCUAAUGGAAGCUCGAGUAGUAGCUGUUUCAGAUGGAGAAAUAAAGUAUUCUUUAGAGGAACCCUCAGGAUCACAGACACUGUAUCUGGGGAACACUCCUCCACCUGCUAAAGUGACCAAUCUGACUGAUAAAGAGCAGAAGGAGUGGGUUAAAGAAGUGCAAGGCCUCACAGAGCACUUCGGCAAGCGUAAAGGCAUUGUGAUCAGUGAGACGGAUGUGGUGGUAUACGCCCAGCUGCUGACAGGCAGGAAGUAUGUCAUUGGUCACAGUGGAAAGGUCCAUUUGGAGAAGCAGUUUUCCAAACAGGUCCUGCCCUUUCCAUACCAGACCAUUGUGAAGGAUAUCAAAACCUUUGACUCCUCAUUGACACGCUUCAAGACAUUGGAGGAGCUGUUUUCUCCAGGAACCGUUGUAUUUAUGGUUGGAAACCCAUAUUAUGGCACAAUGGGAGAUGUGCAAGACUCUAGUGAUGUCAUCAGUGAGGGACGAGUCAGAGUGGUCUUCUCCGUACCGUGUGAACCUCAACUUGAUGCCUUAAUACAGAACCAGCACAAAUACUCGGUGAAGUACAGUCCUGGGUAUGUGCUUGCCUCCCGCCUGGGAAUCAUUAGCUACCUCGUCUCAAGAUUCUCCGGUAGCAUCUUCAUUGGAAGAGGAUCCAAGAAAAAUCCUCAUGGAGAGCAAAAAGCGAAUGUGGGCCUUAAUCUCAAGUUCAACAAGAAGAAUGAGGAAGUUCCUGGAUACACCAAGAGAACAGAGAAGGAGUGGCUCUACUCGGCUGCUGUAGAGGAACUGUUAGCUGAAUACUUAGAAAGAUUUUCAGAAGUGUUUGACUUUGUAGCGAGAAACAGUCACGAUGACGUGUUUUUUGAAGAUGACAUUUGGCCAGGAGAGGAUGAGAAUGGGUCUGAAAAGGUCCAGGAGAUCCAGACAUGGCUUAAAACUCAUCCUGUCAGCUCUUCCUCCAGAGCGUCAUGUGACCUUCAGAUCCUGGACGCUGGCAUUGUGGAGAAGAUUGAGGAAGAGCUAGAGAAGACCAAGGCAAAGAAGAUGAACAAGAAAGUGCGGGUCACUGUGAAGCCUCACCUGCUCUUCAGGCCGUUGGAGCAGCAGCAUGGUGUAGUUCCUGAUCCUGAGGCAGAAUAUCACCUGUUUGACCGUGUCAUCAACGUCAGAGAGAGCUUCUCUGUUCCACUCGGCCUUCGAGGAACUGUCAUUGGUAUCAAAGGAGCUGAACGAGAGGCUGAAGUUCUGUAUGAGGUGCUGUUUGAUGAGGAGUUUGCUGGAGGACUCACUAUCAGGUGCUCUCCUGGGCGUGGCUAUCGAUUGCCCCCCAGUGCCUUAAUCAACCUGAGUCAUGGCAGCAGGAAGGAGCAGGGUUCACACAAACUCACAGCCAUUGUCAAACCACAGCCCUCUUCUUCUCAUUUCGCUCACAAGGGCCAGCUGGGUGGCCUUAACCACUCGCCAUGCUCCGCGUUUAUACCUACACAGCAUCAGAAUGGCAGACAAAGUUUUAAUCUCAGGGCUGAUGCUCAGAGCAACAGACACUUGCCUCACAAAGCCCUCAACCAGAAAAACCAACAUAAGGACUCUGGUACUGAGAGGGAGUUCAGUAAUGUAUGGCAGUCUCUGCAGAGUUCAGGAAUGCCUCAGAAACCACCUGCUCACUGGCAAAACAAUGCUGGGAAAAGCAGUGGAUCAGUGCCACAACAGCAGCAAUUGGAGGGACAAAAUAAACAGAUCCAAGGCAACGACUCUAACAAACCUGCUGCAAGUGGCAAUAUUAGACUGCUAAAGAGAAAUGAAGAUUUGAAUGCUGCUCUCCUACAGGGGCCUUCAAAUAAGGUAUCCACAGAAUUUGAAGAGCUUAUAGCCAAUCUGAAAAUCUCAAAGGAGUCUGAGCCCAUCCUGCCUCAUUCACCUAAAGAGCCCAAGAGCCAAUCAGGAGAACCUCUCUCUCCGCAGUCCUUUGCCAUGAAGGGAACUCUGGUUUUGAAAGAAAUGUUGAAAAUUGACAGUUCUGCAACAAGUUCCUCUGCUCCUGACUCCACUUCACUUUCUGGAGGCCAGAGUUCAGAACCCCCCAACGCCCAACAACAGAGCAAGAGACGCUCCAGCAAAAAGCUAGCUGCUCGGAUGAACACACCUCAGACUGAGGCCCCAGCACCUCCUCUGGCAGGCCAGCCUCCCAUCCUGCCCAGCAUUGCUGUUGAGCUUGGCCGGGUGUGCAUGGGUCUAGGGAUGGGACCUCCGGAAUUUGCCUUCCUCCGCAACAGACAGAGUCUAACAGUGUGUCAGGUGAAGUUGUCCAAUGGUCUUCAGGUGCACGGUCCUCAAUGUCAGUCUGAAUCUGAAUCCAAAGAGAAAGCUGCACUCUUUGCCCUUCAACGCUUGAACUCAUUGGGUUCAUUCCCAUUGCCUCCUCCCAUAUUCCCUGGAGUUCAGCAGAUGAGGCCUCUCGCUCCUCAUCCCUCUAUGUUUAGUCAGCCACCAGGUGGUCUUUUGAUGCCCCCACAAGGCUAUGGACCUCUUCACUGGGGUAUGCAACUUCCCAACCAAGGGCAGCCAUUCUAUGGAGGAACAUUCCCCGGAGCACGACCCCCUGCAUCCACUGCAGCCGGCGGAUCCCACAACCAGUUUGUUCCCCUCCAGGUGACCAAGAAGCGAGUUUCAGGCCGAUCAAAACAGGUGUCGACCAGCGCUGCCAAUGCUGGUCAGAUCCAGAGCAGUGGACCUUCCCAACCAGCUGCUUCUGUCUCAGUGCCCCUAUCAGCUCCCAAGACCCCCCCACCCACCCGAAACUAUGAGCCUUCAGAGAAGCCCACACCGACUACACCUAAGACGCCCAGGCAAAACGCCAACCCUCACACGCCCGGAUCGGCCUCCAAGCGGAAACAAAGGAAACUCGCAGUCAACUUUGAGGCUGCAAAAGUGACUGACUGAAAUAAUUUUAUCAUGCUGUCUGUCUCUCAUCAGCUCUACAAAUGAUCAUAGUUACGAAAGAAUGCUGUGGAAACCGAGAUCGAAAGAAAACAUGGACUAUGUUUUCAUGAUAUGAUCAUGCUUGUAGAGACAUAAUUUAUACGUCUCUGGCUCUGAAAUGGUUUUGUAUUUGUUUUAGUUGCCAUGUUUUGAGUGGAGGUAGUUGUGAGGAAAACUUUUACUGCUAUUGAUUACUGCACCAAAAUGAUCAUUGAAUACUUGAUCAUGAAAGAGGUUUUACAUUUACCUCAGCUCUUUUUUUUCUUCUUUUUUUGACUCAAUAUCAAAUCCUUUAGCUUUUAUUACGAUCACUGGUUGCUUUCCAACGCAGUAUUUUAAUAUUCAAAGUGCAAUAAUUAGUUUUGUAGUUGUGGAACAUUAUACAGUACACAAGAAAGUAAUACAAUUUGGCAUAAAUUGCUGCAAAAUACCAUCUGUACUGGUAUUACAUUUUUUUUUAUAAGGCACAGUUGUGCAGUCCAGCAUGAGAGAACAUAAUUUUAUCUUCUUAAGGUGUGACUUUAAUAAACAGUAAAACAUGCUGAAACCUUGGAGCAAGUUUCAGAGGUUUGAAUUAAGCCGAGUGCUGUUCUAAAACUUUUUGGAAGAUUCAUAGACCUAAUCUACAAUAGGCAUUGAAACCAGCCCAUUUUGUUCACCCAGCCAGAAAGCACACAGAUUUAAGGAAAUAUAAUCCCUGUGGAUUAUUGUAUAAAUAGGGUUUAACAUGGUCAGGUGGGGAUGAAAAUUUGAACACAACUGCCUUUCUAAUAAGAUGUUGUUUGUUGCUUGAUUUAUGUCUUUUCAAAUGGGUUGUGGACAUUUCAAAAUUUUAUUUUUGUAUAAGCCUACCUUUAUUUCUGGGGAAAUGUUAAAGUUCUAUGAUUUUAAAAUGAAUUUUGUGUACUAAGAUCCAUGGAUUUUAUAUGCACCAUUUUACAAAUCGGAUAAUAGUAAUUGUUAAUAUUUCUCUUUCAAGCUAUUCUGGUGCCCUUUUGUUUUCAUCGUCUCCACAUAUUUGUAUCCCACCAGAUCUUUUUUGCCCAAGUUUUAAAUGUUGAAACUAUGAACAAACACUUUUAUUUUAAAAGGCGUUUUGUUGUUUAUUUAAUGACUUGACAAAAAAUGAGUGCACCUCCUUAUUAGUUGAUGUGCUGUAAAUUUUAUCAUAAUAAACAUUUUGCUAACAUAA